AUGUCUCUAACGAAUCAUAUUAAAAUUCACAUACCCUCAAAGGGUAUUAUCUGUGAUAUCUGCGGAACGGUAACGGCAUCCAUCAAUUCGCUGCAGCAUCACAAGAAAAAAGUUCACGAACCGAAAAUUCCACGACAAUGUGAACAUUGUGGCAAAUGGUAUUCCAGCCGUUGGUCAAUGCAACGUCAUGUCGUCAAUAUGCAUGUACAUGCCGAUGAAGAUCAUACCUGUGAAAUAUGUGGUUUUGUAUCCUCAACGCGUGAGGCCAAAAAGAAACACAUACAAUAUCGCCAUAAUCCGGAAAAGCGACAUAAAUGUGCCAUGUGCGGAAAAGCCUUUAAAACGCCAACUCUAUUGAAAGAGCACAUGGCAACACAUACCGGUAUUGAUUUGUAUCAGUGUUUAUUUUGUGCGGCAACAUUUAAAUCACAAUCGAAUCGUUCGACCCAUUAUAAACGACAUCACCCUACAGAAUAUAUACCGAAUAUGACAAGACGUACCCGACCAACGGCUAUUGUUAAAGAUAAUAAUCCUGGCAGUUAUAUACAAAAUUUUGAUUUAAAUCAAAUAUCCUCCGUGAAUGAGAGCAAAAAUACAAAUUUAAUGGAACAUUUUGAAGGGAAUCCAUCGGAAAUCACUCAUACAGAAAUUAUAUAUGCAACGAAAAUUCUAUUGCACAGCCAUAUACGCUAUCACAGCCCCUCGAAUUUGGUUGUCUGUGAUAUUUGUGGCAAAACUAUGCGUAGCCGUGAUACACUGAAAAAACAUAAAAAUUCAGUGCACAAUAAAAAACCAAAAGUUCCCGAACAAUGUAGCUAUUGUGGCAAAUGGUAUUCGACACGAUCAACAUUACAAUUACAUGUUCUCAAUAUGCAUAUACAUACGGAUAAAGAACAUCGUUGUGAGAUAUGUGGAUUUGUGUCGACGACACGUGAGGCCAAAAAGAAACAUAUUCGUUUUAAGCAUAGAGCGGAAAAGCGCCACAAAUGCGGUCUGUGUGAUAAGGCUUUUAAGGUUCCAACACUGUUGAGAGAACAUAUGGCGACUCAUACUGGUGUGGAUUUGUAUAAAUGUGAUUAUUGCACUGCCACUUUUAAAUCCAAAUCAAAUCGUAUAAAUCAUUGUAAACGUCAUCAUCCCUUGGAGUAUAACAGUUCGGCGAAAUCACAACGUCGCUCAGGACCACACGAAAAACUUAACUCAAACCUUAAACUACUUGAAGAAAAUCUCCAUGAUGAUGAGGAGGAUUUGGAGGGUGUUAUUGUUUAUGAAUUGGAAGAAAACGACAAUGUUGAAUAA